AUGUCAGAUACUGGUCUCACAAGAGACAAGGAACGUCUACAUUAUACCGAGGCAUUUUCAGCACAUUGGGAUCCAGAGUUGGCAGAAAACUCUGCAGUUAAGCGUGCUCGGGCGAGAGUAAUCCAGGAAUUGGUGACCAUCCGAGAAGUUACUGCUAGAUUACCGGACAUCGAAGGACCCUCCCAAACAAAAGUGAGCGUGAAAACUUCUGCUGAAAUUGGUGAGGAGGGAGCAAAGAGAAACAGGGAAAGAGGUACAAAGAAUAAGGAGCAAAAAAUGAAAAAGAUGAAAUCCCUUCAGAGGGAUGCAUACUUGGAAGAGCAGCAUAGAAAACGAAGGGAAAAAAACUUGAGGAAAAGACAGAGUCGAAAAGAUCAACAAUCAGUGAAAACUAGAAAACAACGGAACAGGAGAAGCAACCAGAGGAAAAGGCAAAAAAGAAGAGAGCAAAAAGAGAAACAUGAAAAGGAGAAAGAAUCAGGAAUCCAUGGGAUGCUACACCAAAUCCAAGAAAGCGGUGAAUCAGAGGAAAGUACACAGGGAAACAACAGUAAAAGGAGGAAACAACCACCAGAAGUACUAGAAGAAAAUGGAAAACAAGAAGAAAUCAGUACAUAUGAAUCCCGUUGA